AUGAACGGAGGACAAUGGGGCACGUGGGGAGCAAUGAAUAACUGCUCCAGAAGCAGGGCCAAGGGGUUUUCACUGAAGAUACAGACCAGGCAAGGGCACUUUGCUGAUGAUACUUCCCUAAACGGCAUUCGCCUAAUUUGCAGUGAUGACUCAAUCAUCACAUCUGCAGUGGGAGCGUAUGGUACCUGGUCUGAUGCAUUUUUAUGCCCUUCUGGCUUAUUGACUUCAUUCAUGCUCCGAGUGUCACCACGGUCAGUUUUAGGUGACGAUACUGCAGCCAAUAACAUCAAGUUCAAGUGCACAGAUGGAACUGAACUGGAAGGAAAUGGUCCUGCAUUGGGCGAUUAUGGCUCGUGGAGUGGUUCCUGCAAAGACGAUGGCACUUGUGGGAUCCAGACAAAGGUGGAGAUGCCCGAAGGAUUUUUUUCCAUUGAUAACACUGGACUCAAUGAUGUGAAAUUUUUCUGUUGCGCUAGUUCCACUGGUUAG